GACGGAGGAAGGAAACUCUCGGGGGCAGAAGGGCAACGGUCACCGCUUCCAGUCUCUCGAUUGAGGGCGGCCUGGAUUCCGCGCCGACGUCGUUUCGUUCCGAGCCUACGUCCAUCCGAGUUCGUGCUGCCGACUCGGAGACCGCGGUUACACGUGUUUCGUGCAGGUUCGGUUCGUGUCACCUGUGCUGAUCGUGCGUGAGAAUUCCUUCGCGCGUGACGACGUUCGGGGGUUACAUUCACUUCGCACGUGCAAAAUCAAUGGCGCCCUUACCAAAAUAUUUCGGAGGCACGUCGGCGGGCGACCCUAUUUCCGGAUGAAAGGGAAAACGAUGAGAGGAAGCAGGAAUCGAGAGGACCAGUGAGAUUUACCGCGAAUCAAGGACGUCCCUUUUCUUAAUUGCAUUCCGGAUUGAAGGCUGUUCAAGGCCGGGAGCUUCUUCCGCCCGGGAUGAGUCAUCGUGACCGCCACCUCCGUUCCCGACGGUGACCGGUGACCAUCGCUGGUGACCACCCCUUUUCCUGCUGAUCCUCAGAGGGAAGAGGAUGGAGAGGAAGAAGGAAAUGGAAAAGGAGAGGGAGAAGCAGACGACGGGGAACGGAUCGGAAUUGCACUUGGAGCAACUCAAAUGGGAGCCGAAAAGGAAGGAGUACAAGGACAAAUCCUCGCAAGUUCGAAGCACUGCGACUUUAUACACGAGAGAAGAAGAGGAGGCGAAGGAGAAAAAGCGAUGGAAUAACUCUGGGAGAGCGGGUGGACAGUGGAGCAAGCUCUUCGGGAACUCCUGCGGUGCAUGUGGAUGCUGGAGCAGGUGGUGGACGAUCCUAAUUGCCCUUAUCAUCUUCGUCCUUCUCGUGGUCCUCAUCGUCCUUGUCUCGCUUCACGCCUACCAGACCGCCCAAUCGCAUGAGACCUGCAUUGCUCCUACACCAUCCCCUAUCCAGCCAAAUAGCACAUGCACGGAAGCAGAAUCGCACGAGGCCAAGAAUUGCGAAGGAGACAAAAAGCAUGGAGAAGAUGUGGGGGGAAGGACGAAGCCUUUCGUUCCUCCUCCUCCAAAGCCGGAGGAAUUUCCAUGGCAGAGCCAACGUCUUCCCCUGUCCAUCAAGCCACUUAAAUAUCAUCUUCUGCUACAACCAAACUUGGAACUGAAGCACCUGAAAGGUCAAGUGGAGGUGACGGUGAUGGCGAUGGAGAAGACGGACUUGGUAGUAUUCCACGCCAAGAACCUGAACCUCACCUCCAUUGCCGUUUUGGAUGCCAAUCAGGAAAUGGAGACGAAGGAACUGAAGAUCUGGGAACCCUGGGACCAGAUCGCCCUUCGCCUUCGCACUGCUCUCGAGGCGGGCAGGAACUACAGCGUGAAAGUGGUGUUCGAGAGGGACAUCCCCGAGUAUCCUCUGGAAGGCAUUUACAUGAGUUACUAUACCGAUCCUCAGGGACGACGAAUGCAGGUGAUUUCGUCGCACUUCGAGCCGACGCACGCUCGCCAGGCGUUCCCCUGUUGGGAUGAGCCGUCCUUCAAGGCCGUCUUCUCAAUCUCGAUUGCGAGAACCAAGGGUCUGCAAACCCUGUCCAACAUGCCUCUUUUGAAGACGGAGGACCUUGGAUUCUACCAGCCCAACAUCCAACGGGACGAUUACGCGGAGAGUGUGCCGAUGAGCACAUACCUGGUCGCGAUUUGCGUCAUGGACUUCAGCUCGAGGACUGUGAGCACUCGGAGGAACGUGAGGGUAUCCACCUGGGCACCGAGUCACCUCAUCAACCAGACCAUGAAGACGCUCCAGUACGCGGCGAACAUCCUGGACUUCUACGAGCAGUACUAUCACGUCCGAUACCCCUUGCCCAAGCUCGAUCUGAUCGGGAUUCCAAACUUCAAGGCGGGGGCGAUGGAGAACUGGGGGUUGAUCACGUUUCGGAUGAACUUGUUCGCUGCCUCCAAUGCCUCCUCUUCGUCUUAUGCUCAGCAGAGUGUUCUUAUCACCGUCGCCCACGAACUCGCCCAUCAGUGGUUCGGCAACUACGUGACGAUGGCGUGGUGGGACGACUUGUGGCUGAACGAGGGCUUCGCCGCCUUCAUGGAAUACUUGGGGGCUGGCUCACAGGAACCCGACUGGGAAAUCCCAUUGCAGUUUUAUUCCCAGAAUCACCUGUAUGCCUUCAGCCUGGAUCACAUGGUUUCUUCGCACCCGGUCUCGGUACCUGUCGAAACCCCUGAGGAGGCCAGAGCCCUCUUUGACUACAUCUCAUACCAGAAGGAAAUAAUGGAGACGUGGACGAAGCAGCAGAGUUACCCACUCGUGAGCGUGCGAAUGUCCUCGGAGACGACGGACGAGGGGAACGUCGUGAUAUUGGAGGCACGGCAGACCCGCUUUCGGACCCCGACCCGAGAUAGGAAGCACGCCUCAUCCUCGCUCGAGAGCUACCCCAUGUCUCCCAUCUACCAGUACAAGUGGCACAUCCCACUCUCAUGCUUCCUCUACUACCCGAAUGGCACUUUGUCCAUCGUCAAGCAAUGGAUGCACAUGAACGACUCGAGGUUGGAGUUGUCGUCGGCGCCGCUCUGGGUCAAAUGCAACGUGAAUGCGACGGGGUUCUACCGAGUGAAGUACUCCAAGGACCUCAGAGAUGCACUGGCGCACUUCCUCAAGGACAACGUCACCGUUCUUCCUCCGUUGGACAGGGCUUCCGUCCUCUCUGAUGCCUUCGCCGAAACAACUCGAGGAGAAGGUGGGACAGGAAAAGAGAUAGAAGCAACUCCCGAAGCAUGUGAUCGGGAAGAAGAGAACCACGAAGGCAAGUCACGGAGUGAAAUGAGAUCUUUCUGCGCUCAAAAAGCCUUUCACAUCAAGGGACUGGGGCAGAGGAGGCUGGCAGAUGAGCCGGGUAGCGUGGCCACAGCCCUGGAGAUCAUGGAGGACAUCCUGAGAAAGGAGGUGACCUAUGAAGUGUGGGAAGCGGGGAUCUUCCAUCUCCUCGAAAUAGAUCGCAUACUCAUGCUCAACUCGGCUCAGACCGAGUUCCGCGAGUUCCUGGACCGCAUCUUCCGACCCGCUUUGCGGAAACUCGACUGGAAUGACUCUGGCUCCCACGUCACCAAGUUGUUACGAGACUCGGUGUGUCACCUGGCAAUCCAGAUCGACAUGGCCGAGGCCCUCGACCGCGGCCACCAACUCUUCAACGCAUGGAGAAACGGAGCGGAGAUGGCGCCGAAUCUCCUAUCUUGCGUCUACAAGGCCGGGAUCAAGAGGGGGAACGAGGAGGAGUUCAACUUCCUAUGGGACAAGUACCAGUUGGAAACGGACCCUCAGGAGAAGGUCAAUUUCAUCAAGGCCCUUGCCUCCUCCAGAACCUCUUCUCGUCUCCAGCGGUUGUUGGACUGGAGCAUGAACGCAACGCUGGUGGCCCGACAGGACUUGAGCACGGUUUUCGGAGUGAUGUGCGGGCAUCCACUUGGGCAUUUCAUGGCCUGGAGACACCUCAGGCUCAACUGGGACUGGUACUCGAAGGAGAUCGGGGGAGACACCCUCGGGCGCAUCCUUUACUACAUCAUCUCAGUUUUCAACACGAAAUUCGACGUUCUGGAGGCAAAAUUAUUCUUCAGGGGGAAGGACCUAGGAGAAGGAUACAGGCGAUACGAGCAUGCACUGGAGAAGGCAAACCUGCACAUCUGGUGGCUGAAGACGCACGUUGCCAAUCUCAUCUCGUGGCUCAACUCGCGACGAUCCCACUCAGCUGGUGACCCACAUCCCCACCGACCAAUCCGGAGCUUCCGAGCCGGUGACGUCACGCCCCGGGCGAUGGAGUGGGCAGAGGUUCUGAUGCGGGCAGGAGUGGUAGCCGCAGUUCACCUCUGCACCUCUAGCCGGUCGUGUCUGUCUCUUCGGGUUCCACCAACUAUCAUUCGAAGGGUGUCGUCGGUCCGAAAACCCCAUUCCUGGGUCCAUUAUCGUGAUGUGACCACCGGAAAUUCCGAGGGAAUCGGCGUCGAGGAGCGAAAGAGACUCGGCCUCGAUCCCGGCCCCGAUCCCGACCUCGAUCCUCGACCGGGGGGCCCGCCCUCGCGAUCCCCGUACGUGUCGCCUCGCGUCCACGUGGAAGGGAAAAAGAGGGAACGGAGCCAAGAUGAAGUAAUGUCUUUCCUUUGUUGGUCGUGCUUGUGCAAGCGGUGCGGAAAAGUACCCUUUAUCGGCCCAUCCAUCAUCGCCCCGUCCCGCCUGAUCGAGUAUCGCCCGGUGAAGGACGGACUCAUCGAAAAGGAGGUUUUCGCGGCUGGGAGGCGCUUUCGAGGGAUCGAGAUCCGUUCACCGUGUCGUCGGGACGAAAGCGGUCGGAGUUCCCAGGCCGCUUCUGGGGUCGGCGUUCGCGACGGGGUGAAAGCCGAGGCGAUCGAUUUCCCGGCCACGGCGGCGUGA